AUGAGUCUGGUAGCGUCCGGGCGAUGGAGAAUUACGCCGAACAUUUACUCUCAGAUUGUCGAAGAGGAUUUGGAAUUUUGGGAAUCGUCAGAAAAUCGUGUUUUUGCCACAAAAGAAUUACACCAACAGAAAAGUGAAUCCUUCACAGCACCGUCUUCAACAUUGAAGCGUGUCGUCACGACUACCUCCACACCAACAACUCCGAGUCCAUGGAUCGACAGUUGUUUCAACAUCUUCAACCGUAACGUCACUACCGAGAACAGUGUACACGAAGAGAAGAUACUGGACAAUGUGCAGCAGUCCAUGCCGCAACCGUCCGACGAUGGGCGUAACAUCUUCUUUCACGAAACGUCCUGCUGGAAGGACGGUAUUGUGCGGCUGAACGCCCGACAAGCGUGUGCAAUCGAGUCGGCUGCCCGGGCCAAUCCUGAGUGGAACGUGUACGUACUGUUUGCGGCCCCGGUUGGCUUCCGGAACCACACGAUACUGCCAGUCCUUGACGCACUGCUCGAGUAUCGUAAUGUGCAUCUGCGCUACGUUAACUUGACCACAUACGCAAACGACACACCGCUGAAAGAAUGGAUGGCGGGUGGAGAAGUAUUACGCUCAAAGUACUUAAACUCGCACCUGUCCGAUGUGAUGCGUUACCUCACGCUCUACAAGUACGGUGGGACGUACCUUGAUCUAGAUGUGAUCGUGCAACAGUCUUUUGAGAAGAUGAAACCGAACUAUGCCGGUGCCGAAUCGUUUCAUUUGAUUAAUUCCGCUGUAAUGAGCUUGGAAUCGAAAGGCCACGGUCACGAGCUGGCGGAAAUGUGUGUUCGAGACCUGCUGACCAACUUUAACGGUAAUGAAUGGAUUAACAAUGGACCAGGAGUGAUAACGCGCGUACUGCAAAAGCACUGUCACACCCAGUCGAUCGCUAACAUGACCCGGCAUUGUUCCGAGCAUUUCACCGUCUAUCCACCCAGCGCAUUUUACGCGAUUGAGUAUCAAAGGUAUAAGCAUUUUUUCCAAGAACAGUACCUGGAGCAGGCCCUCGAGGCGCUCAAUCAAUCGAUCGUGGUGCACCUGUGGAACAAGCUGAGUAAAAACAAUCCGGUGCAGGUUGGGUCACGGGUUGCGUACGGUGUGCUAGCCGAACGCCACUGUCCCAAAGUGUACGGGUCUUGCGGACCCGUCUUCUAACACUAUCAGCUCAC